GAAAGAACAAUUUGUAAAUGCUUAUCGCAUUACAAAAGAUAUUUUAGACGUAUCAUCUGGGAAAAUCCCAGGAGAAGAAAUAUAAAAAUGAAAUUGAGAUAAAAUUAAUAAAGCAUUAUGUUCUAUUUACUCCUAUUGUUAUUCAUCAUUUUGUUUCCGUCACAGGAAGCAAAUAGUGAAUGCAUGGAGGAUAAAGAUUGUGGCGAGGGAAGGUGUUGUAUUUCCACGUACUGGGGAGGAAUCUGUCAUACAUAUGGAAAACUAGGAGACUUAUGUUUGCCGUUUUCAUCUAUAGAAGACGAAAGACAUAUAUAUUUUUGUCCUUGUGUAGAAGGAUUAAAAUGCGUACCGGAAGAAAUUAGACGUAAAAAUGGAAAAGUACAAUAUGUUAAUGCUACAUGUGCACAUCCAAAUGCCAAACCGAUUGAAAAUGGUGCCAUUAAUUUAAAAUUAUAAAAGAACAUUCAGUACUAAUAUUUCUUAAGAUGAAAUCUUAACAUUAAUUUAAAACUUUUUAAUAAUUUCAUGACUCAUGACGCAUAUUAAAAAACUGUAGAUAAAUGAUGAAAUAAUUUAA